CAGGGGUACUUGGGGAUUAAGUUUCACGUCCGCUACAUGUAACACAAUAAGCUGCAAUUUAAAAGUCUUAAAUUGGUACACAUACCUUCACUGAUCAAUUCUACACACUAAUUUCCGUAGUUGCUGAACCACAAAUGUGAAGUGUUUAGGCUCCAAAUUGCGUGUAAUUGCAUGAUUAUAUAGCAUACAUUCAAUAUUACUCCGUGUAGUCUUGUAGAUCGUUACCAACAUGCUGCCUCAACCUUCAGAGUAGAUGAGAAGACACGGAACAAAGUAGCUUCAUUAUCUUAAAAUUCUUUUUAAGUGUUGUUUUGUAUGGGAGUGAAACUCGACCUCACACUUUGAGGAAAGAAUGUAGAUUGAUAAUGUUUUAGACCAGGAUUCUGAUAAUAUUUGGGCGUGAAAUAGAAGAAGUAACAAAAGAGUGGUGAUAAAUGCAUAAUGAGAAGCUUCGUAUGUUAUUCUACACCAGAUAAUAUCAGGUCAAGAGGAUUAGAAAUUCCCCUUCCUCCUUAAUUGAAUCCAACGGUAAAUUAUCACACUCACAAGGUCCGCAACAUGCUAUCUCAAUCCACAAACUCUAGUGUCUGCAACGGGCUUUCAAAUACCGAAGAAAGAAUCUCCAUGUAUGGGCGACUACUACAAACAAGUCUGAACUGGCAGUGUGGAGCGCCGACUAGCGAUUGCCGACUGGUGUGAAGCAGCGAGUCGAGAUGCGCAGUUUGUUUGCUGGGUUUGACCUUCAGCUGUCUCACAGAGGCAUAUCUUUAACUCUGAGAGGUAAUAUUGAUAUUUUAUAUGGAUACUGACAAAUUAAUCAGUUUAGUGCACCUGCGAAGGACACUGUGGGACCAGGGAGAUUCAAGACACCACAAUCGAUAUGUACUAGAUAAGCUGUGGGGAGAAGUGGCUCAAGAAUUGAACUGUACAAGUGACACUGCAAGAGCCAGGUGGAAGUCACUUCGAGACGGCUUCAGGAAAGAGCUCAAGAAAGUGCCGAAGGGAAGGCGCGGUGAUGCUGAUUUGGAAUCCGACUAUUCAACCUGGCCACAUUUCAGACGAGUCUACUUCCUGAGAGACCAGUUCGCAUCCCAUGCGAUUACCGGGGACAUUCCUCCUAAAGAAAAUAAGAGUUCAAGGGAUGAACAAAUAGACACAAGAGAUGGAGGGCUAGAAAAUUCACAGUUCAGUGAACUGGAUGGUGCUUCUGUCGAUAUCUUGGAUGUUAAAAUUGAAAAUUUUGAGCCACUGAUUUCAAAUGAACACCAAGUUACACCAAACGUCGAAUCAGGCACGACAAAACUCAGCACCAAAAGCUCAUAUCAGCCGGAUGUAGGCAGCGCCUCUUCACGGAUCGAAAGAUCAGCGCUAAAAGUUAGUGAAGACGAAUGCAAAACAUGGGACGAAGAUGCCAGUUUCUUUGAAAGCCUGAUCCCCCAUAUAAAGGGACUCUCACCUGCGAGAAAAAUGCUGCUACGCAUGAAGAUCCAGGAAUUGAUUUAUAAUUUUGUAUAUAAUCCAGAAUUUUAAAUUCAGCAAUAUGCCAUUCCUCCACCUGCACAGAAUUUAACAUAGCAAGAAAGUGUCAUUUGUGACCCUAACACAUUCAUUUGCUCAAGUAGUGGUCACGGCAAAGCAGAUUUAUGUGAGGCCAACACUAAUCUGUGUUUCUGUCAUUUAAAAUGUAUUUUAAGUCUAUGCUUAUAUAUUUUCAUGUAGACCAUUAAAUUAUACCUAUUUUACAUGUUCUACAGAGUCUUGUUGGUAUUGGCUGAUUUCAGUAAGGUUAUAUGGCAACUUUAUAUAUUAUUCUAUAAGUGGUAGAUUGUUAUUAUUAUUAUUACAUUUAUUGAUAUGUAUUAAUAUUCUGAACCAAAUAAAGACGAAGCAGAUGCAAUGCAGAAAACUCUUGA